ACACCAGUCCAUCAUCCCACGUGACUGUGGGUAUUUUGACAAGCAUGAUUCAGUUUCAAUUCCUUUAUUUUGGUGUCCUAUGCAGAAACCAAAGUAAAAAAGCAAAGUAAAAAGAAGGCCAUUUCCCAUAUUUAUCAGAAUUGCAGCACUGCUCUUGUAGCUGCUCGCUGUCUCUGGGGAAAUGAGUCUUGUUUUUGCUUUAGCACUUGUAUGGUCUUUAUCUUGACCUCUUAUUUACUGUUUCUUCAGAUAGCAGAAUUUUGAUUAGCUUUACCCUUUUUACAGCCUAGCUGGUGUGAGUUGUGUACGAGUCAGUUAUAUUGUGGUCUGCGAUCCAACGUUGGACUUUGGUUUGAUCUUCACCUACAACAAGAUAAAUUAGAGGACUAACCUUCAUAAUCCUGCAAGUUUUUACUGGUUUCACAUUAUUCAUUUAACCGUCUUGUGUACUUGUGAGUUCUUAAGCUAAAACUACAACACCAGAUAUUUGGAUUCUAUGACCGCUGGCUUUGUCUGUACCAGCAACCGUGGAGUAUCCUCUCUGGAUGGGGAAGAGACCUCGAAGGAGGGAAUCAACAGGGCCCCGGUCCCCUGGGCCAACAACUCCAACAAGAGACACCAGGACAAUACGGGUGAAGAUGGUGCUGUUGGGCAGCUCUGGGGUGGGGAAGUCCAGUCUGGCAUUACGUUUCAGCAAGGAUGAGUUCAAAGGCACUUUACCCACCGUAGGCUGUGCCUACUUCACCCAGGUGGUGUGUCUGAGUGAUGUCACAUUUCACUUUGAGAUCUGGGACACGGCGGGACAGGAGAAGUACCACAGUGUCACCCCGCUGUACUACAGAGGAGCCCAUGCAGCACUGGUGGUGUACGAUAUCAGCAAACGAGAGAGCUUCAUAAGGGCCCAGGUGUGGCUUCGGGAGCUGGAGAAGCACUAUAUCCCGGCUUCCACCGUGAUGGUACUAGUAGGAAACAAGGGGGAUCUUUCAGAGCUGCGCCAGGUGACAGUACAGGAAGGGCACAGUCUUGCCGUUGACAGAGGCUUGCUUUUUAUGGAGACCUCGGCCAAGUCAGGGAAUCAAGUCAGUGAACUGAUGCUGGCUAUUGCCCGCAGGGUGAAGAGGUGUACAAGUGAGCAUCAAAGCGGUCUGACAGAGUGGCAGGAGACAGAGUUAGUGAACCUGCGCCGCUCUGAGACCCUACAGCACCCUCUUGCAUCCUGUUGCCCCUCCAUUGGACCCUAAUGUGUGUUGUGUGUCUGAUAUUUUUGUGAGGAACUGUAUGUUCAAAGAUUUAAGUUUAAGACAAUGACUUCUCAAUGACCCAAGAUCAGCUCAGUUAAUCCAUACCAUUGUUACAAUGAGUUGUCAUAAUGCUGCAUCAAAUGUACGUUAUCCCAGGGGCGUUGGCAGACACAAUGUAAGUAACUUAAUUUAUGUGCCCCUAAUUGCACCGAAUACCUCUGUUUAUCUUACAGCUAUUGUAUGCGGUACUCAUGUGCCUAUGAACCAGAGUUACAAUGUUAGCACUGAGGCGGUGUGCCCUAGUAGGAAGUCCACUGUGUGCAGCUCACCAUGUACUAUCAGCUCCAAUAUAAAUAACAUGAGCAAGUCUACUUCUGAUAAGCUUCCCAGUAAAGCGGGAAAAACAAUUAAGCAUCCCAGAAAAGUGCUAGAAAUAGUCAAUAACUUUCUUGUAACAGAUGACAUCUAUAUUCUGACUGUGUCUGAAACUCACUUAGAUAAUACCUUUGAUGAUACAGUGAUGGCAGUACCUGUCUAUAACAUCUACCGAAAAUACAGAAAUGCCAACGGGGGUGGUGUUGCGGUCUAUAUUCAGAACCUCAUUCUUGUAAAGCUUAGAGAGGAUCUCAUGUUAAAUCUUAUUGAAGUAAAAUGGCUACAGGUUCAUCUGCCUCACCUAAAGUCCAUUAUUGUGGGAAGCUGUUAUAAACCACCAAGUGCUAACAGUCAGUAUCUGGAUAAUAUGUGUGAAAUGCUUGAUAAUGUAUGUGAUAUCAACAGAGAAGUAUAUUUUCUGGUGAUUUAAAUAUUGACUGGCUUUCAGCAAGCUGUCCACUCAAGAAAUAACUUGACUGUAACAAACUGUAACCAGUGCCGGCAACCUGGUUCAGGUGUCACGGCCGUCAACAGAAGUAGACCAAGGUGCAGCGUGGUCAGCGUACAUAUUCCUUUAUUUAUUAUGACGCCGACAAAAACAAUAAACAAUCCAAAACAACCGUGAAGCUAAAGGGCUAUGUGCCACAAACAAAGUCAACCUCCCACAAAGACAGGUGGGAAAAAGGGCUACCUAAGUAUGGUUCUCAAUCAGAAACAACGAUAGACAGCUGUCCCUGAUUGAGAACCCUACCCGGCCAAAACAUAGAAAUACAAAUAAUAGAACUAAAGAACAUAGAAUACCCACCCCAAAUCACACCCUGACCAAACCAAAUAGAGACAUAAAAAGGAUCUCUAAGGUCAGGGCGUGACAUCAGGUUAUCAGUCAACCUAGCAGGGUAGGUACAAAUAGCACAGGAAUGAAAUCAUCAACAUAUGUUGACCACAUCUUUACUAACGCUGCAUAAAUGUGCUUUAAAGUAGUAUCCAAAUCCAUAAGAUGUAGUAAUCACAAUAUAGUAGCCAUAUUUAGGAAAUCCAAAGUUCCAAAGCCUGGGCCUAAUAUAGUGUAUAAGAGGUCAUAUAAUAAGGUUUGUUGUGUUUCUUAUGUUCAUGAUGCAAAUAAUAUUUGCUGGUCUGUGGUGUGUAAUGAGGAGCAACCAGACAAUGCCACUUGACACAUUUAUGAAAUUGCUUAUUCCAGUUACUAAUAAGCAUUAAAAUAAUUACUGUAAAAACUGUUAAACCCCCUUGGAUUGAUUAGAAAUAGAAAAAUUGUAUGGUUGAGACGGAUGAGGGAAAAUAAAUGGCAAAUGGGUCUGGCAGGCAAACGUACUGCAAAUUAAGAAAUCAUGUGACUAAACUAAAUAAAAAUAAUCUAUACUAUGAAAUAAAUUAAAUUAUAUAAAGAAUGAUAGUAAAAAGCUUUGAGCACCUUCAAUUAAAUGUUGAUUCAUUGAAUCAGAUGGCUCAUUCAUCACAAAACCCACAUGCCAGCAACAAAUGCUGACAAUAUAUAUCCAGGUAUAUCUGACCAAAUUUUGAAAGACAAGCAUUGUACUUUUGAAUUCCGUAGAGUGAGUGUGGAAGAGGUGAAACAAAUAUUGUUGUCUAUCAACAAUGACAAGCCACCAGGGUCUGACAAUCUGGAUGGAAAAUUACUGAGGAUAAUAGCAGGCGAUAUUGCCACUCCUAUUUGCCAUAUCUUCAAUUUAUGCCUACUAGAAAGUGUGUGACCUCAUGCCUGGAGGGAAGCAAAAGUCAUUCCGCUACCCAAGAAUAGUAAAGCCCCCUUUUAUUGGCUCAAAUAGCCAACCAAUCAGCCUGUUACCAACCCUUAGUAAACUUCUGGGGGGAAAAUUGUGUUUGACCAGAUACAAUGCUAUUUUACAGUAAACAAAUUGACAACAGACUUUCAGCACGCUCAUAGGGAAGGACAUUCAAUCACAGCACUUACACAAAUGACUGAUGAUUGGCUGAGAGAAAUUGAUUAUAAAAACAUUGUGGGGGUUGUUUUGUUAGACUUCAGUGCGGCUUUUGACAUAUUCAAUCAUAGUCUGCUGCUGGAAAAACGUAUGUGUUAUGGCUUUACACCCACUGCUAUAAUGUGGAUAAAGAGUUACCUGUCUAACAGAACACAGAGGGUGUUCUUUAAUGGAAGCCUCUCCAACAUAAUCCAGGUAGAAUCAGGAAUUCCUCAUCGUAGCGGUUUAGGCCUCUUAUUUUUUUCAAUCUUUACUAACGACAUGCCACUAGCUUUGAGUAAAGCCAGUGUGUCUAUGUAUGCGGAUGACUCAACACUAUACACGUCAGCUACUACAGCGACUGAAACAACUGCAACACUUAACAAAGAGCUGCAGUUAGUUUCAGAAUGGGUGGCAAGGAAUAAGUUAGUCCUAAAUAUUUCCAAAACUAAAAGCAUUGUAUUUGGGACAAAUCAUUCACAAACCCUAAACCUCAACUACAUCUCGUAAUGAAUAAUGUGGAAAUUGAGCAAGUUGAGGUGACUAAACUGCUAGGAGUAACCCUGGAUUGUAAACUGUCAUGGUCAAAACAUAUUGAUACUACAGUAGCUAAGGAGCAUUCUAUCCAUAAUAAAGUGUUGCUCUACCUUCUUAACAACACAUUCAACAAGGCAGGUCCUACAGGCCCUAGUUUCAUUGCACCUAGACUACUGUUCAGUAGUGUUUUCCGGUGCCACAAAGAGGGACAUAAGAAAAUUGCAGUUGGCUCAGAACAUGGCAGCAUAGCUGGCCCUUAAAGGUAAAUGGAGAGCUAACAUUAAUGAUAUGCAUGUCAAUCUCUGUAAGAAGUGUUGACAAGCUGAAUGUACCGAGCUGUCUGUUUAAAAUACUAGCACACAGCUCGGACACCCAUGCAUACCCCACAAGACAUGCAUACCCCCCUCCCCCAGAAACCAGAACAGACUAUGGGAGGCGCACAGUACUACAUAGUGUCAUGACUACAUGGAACUCUACUACACAUCAGGUAACUGAUGCAAGCAGUAGAAUCAGAUUUUUUUUAAACAGGUAAAAAUACACCUUAUGGAACAGUGGGGACUGUGAAGAGACACACACAAAGGUAAAGACACGCACACGCAUACAUUAUAAUAUUGUUGUAUGGUGGUGUUAUACAUUUUGUAUUGUAGAUAUGUAGUGGUGUAAUAAUGUUAUAUGCUGUACUGUUUUAUAUUUUGUUUCAAAUGUAAUGUAAGUGCUUUAAUGUGUUUGGACCCCAGGAAGAGGCAGCAGCUAAUGGGGAUCCCUAAUAAAUACAUAUACACCAAGUCA